CAGCAGGCGGCUCAGAGAGUGGGGUGCUGGCCCGCAGCGGGAGCUGUCCGUGAGACCUAGUGCUGAAGUAGGCGCAGACGUGCCUGGUGCCCGGGGAGUGGUGCCCAGUGCCCGGGCAAGCGAAGACCAUGACCUUCAUGCUGAAGACCAUGGUGGGCAGCCAGCUGAAGAACCUCACUGGGAGCCUGAGGGGUGGCGAAGACAAGGAGGAUGGGGACAAGUCCGCCGCCGAAGCGCAGGGCAUGAGCCAAGAGGAGUAUGAGGAGUAUCAGAAGCAACUGGUGGAAGAGAAGAUGGAACGUGACAUACAGUUCACACAGAGGAAGGCAGAGCGGGCCAUGCUACGGAGCCACUUCCGAGACAAAUACCGGCUGCCCAAGAAUGAGACAGAUGAGAGCCAGAUCCAGAUGGCAGGUGGAGAUGUGGAGCUGCACUGGGAGCUGGCCAAGAUGAUUGAGGAGGACACAGAGGAGGAGGAAGAGAGGGCCUCAGUCCUCGGGCAGCUGGCCAACCUUCCUGGCUUAGACCUUGGUUCCCUCAAGGACAAAGCCCAAGCCACACUGGGGAACCUCAAGCAAUCAGCUGAGAAGUGCCACAUCAUGUGACUACUUCCCCUGGGGUUGCUCACUGGGGUGAUAAGAGGGCUGGGCCCACAUGAGUGCUAAGAGCAUGCCUCAACUUCCAUGGACCCAUACCCCACCUUGUCUUCAUUUCCCCUGCACCAGGCUAGUCCCAGGACCCUUGUCUGCUCCAGCCUGCCUUCUCUACCUCUCCUCUGGGAGCAAAGUCCCCAUUCUCCCCCUACCCUUCAGGACUCAGCCUCCCUACUCAGCCUGGGAAGCCUCCCAAGAUUGUAGGAAUAGGCCCGACUGACCCCAAAUUCCUGCACAUAGGUGUACCCUUAGAGACACACAGAGGGACACAGAAACCUUGGCCUGUGCAGAGGCAGACACCACAGCUGCAUCCUGCCACACACAGACACACAGACACAAGCCAACCCCUUGGUGCCUCGGGCAGCAGCACUCAGAUAUGCUUAGAGGGGGCUUUCGGCAGACAAACGCAGCAGACAAGAGUUGAGUUUGAGUCUCAACAUUCAUUUUUUUUGAAAUCCAUUGCUCUUUCUGGGCCUCAUUUCAUCAUCUAUAAAAUGAGGAUAAACUCAGUGAUUCUUUUUGUUUUGUUAUAAAGUCUUUUUUUCAUCAGACACUUUAAUAUCCCCGGACACCAUUACAGAGUGAAGAUGUUCUAUAAACAAAAGAUAAUAAGCCCGCCUCGUCUAAUAGCUUUUCUCUCCCACUGUUAU